AUGGACAGAUAUUUGUCUAAGUCGAGCCCCUAAAUAAUAUAUGUAUAUAUAUUUUGCUACAAGAUGUCGGCUGAAAUCGAAGAGAUCCUCAAGCGCUACUCAAACUUUCCGAAUGUGUCGGGCAUCAUAAUCGUGGAUGCGUUUGCCAUACCCAUCAAGACCACAAUGGAGUACACCCUGACCGUUCACUAUGCUGCCCUGGCCAACAAUCUGCUGGCGAAGGGCUCCAAGAUGGUCCAGAAACUGGAUUCCUCGAACGAAUUGACAGCUCUACGCUUGCGCACCCUCAACCACGAGCUGAUGAUUGUACCCGAAGAGAAUUUCUUCAUCGUUGUGGUGCAGAAGCCAUGCGAAUGAAUGAAUGAAUGAAUGAAUCCUUUUUUGAA